AUGCAGAACGCGUCCAAGGAGCAGCUUCUGGAGUUUCUGGCGUGGCAGAAAAAGAAGCUAGGAGACGCCGAGGCCGCAUGUGAGAGCCAUGUGGCUCGCGCCGAGGCGGCUGAGGCGCAGGCGAGUGAGUGUGGGGCGCGCAUGGAUGCGCUACUGGUGGGACUGGUCAAGCUUGUGCCGUCGGUGCUAGGUGCGUCUGCAGAGGGAGAGGCGGCCUUUGUGGCGGCGGUGGGCGGCGACGGCGAGGCGAGGCCGUCUGACGCGGCGCUCAAGGCAGCGGCGAACGACGUAGAUGGCGUAGUGGCCCGCAUCGGUCGCCACCUUGGCGCCUUGGUCACAGCCAACGACUCGCUGGAGGAGGAGAUGACAUCGUUGGUCAUGGCCCAGGCUGAGCUGCAGACUGCUGUCGAGGAGGCGCAAGCGCGCGAGGCCGAGCUCGAGCAGGCUGUCCAGCGAGGUGCAGAUGCUGAGGCAGGCCUUGCCGAGCUCAGAGCCAAGCUGGAGGCUGCCGAGUCCAAAGUCGAGGACUGUGAGAUGCAGAUGGAGGAGCUCGAGCUCGCGGUCUCGUCGCGCGACGUUGAUCUGAAUCGGCUUGAAAGUGAGCUGGCCGCUGCACAACAGGCUCUCAAGAACGAGCGCGAUGCCCGGGUGAGUGCAGACACGAACCGCAAGGACGUGGCUAGUCGGGCUACUCAGCUGGAGAAGGCUGUCGAGGCUGCCACUGGUGAGCGUGAUGCUGCAACCGCGCGACUCGACGAGCUGACAUCGCAGCUCGCAGCCUCACAGGCCCGUAUUACCGAGUUGAACGCCGUUGUUGUCAGCAUUUCCGACGAGCGCAAUGCGGUGGUUGCUGACCUCGCCACCGCCGAGUCUCGCAUCUCUGAGCUGGGAGCUGCAGUUGCCAGCAUUACGGAAGAGCGGGGUGCAGCGGUCGCUGACUUUGCCGCCGCCCAAGCUCGCAUCGCCGAGCUCGAGUCCACACUCGCCAGUGUCAAGGCGGAGCGGGUUGCAGAGGACAAUGGCCUCACCGCCGCUCAAGCUCGCAUCGCCGAGCUCGAGUCCACACUCGCCAGUGUCAAGGCGGAGCGGGUUGCAGAAGACAAUGGCCUCACCGCCGCUCAAGCUCGCAUCGCCGAGCUCGAGUCCACACUCGCCAGUGUCAAGGCGGAGCGGGUUGCAGAAGACAAUGGCCUCACCGCCGCUCAAGCUCGCAUCGCCGAGCUCGAGUCCACACUCGCCAACAUCACGGCAGAACGCGAUGCCGCCACCCCCCCUACCCCUCCCGACGACACUCGGCUCGCCGCCGCGCAAGCCCGCAUCGCCGAGCUCGAGUCCACACUCGCCAACAUCACGGCAGAACGCGAUGCCGCCACCCCCCCUACCCCUCCCGACGACACUCGGCUCGCCGCCGCGCAAGCCCGCAUCGCCGAGCUCGAGUCCACACUCGCCAACAUCACGGCAGAACGCGAUGCCGCCACCCCCCCUACCCCUCCCGACGACACUCGGCUCGCCGCCGCGCAAGCCCGCAUCGCCGAGCUCGAGUCCACACUCGCCAACAUCACGGCAGAACGCGAUGCCGCCACCCCCCCUACCCCUCCCGACGACACUCGGCUCGCCGCCGCGCAAGCCCGCAUCGCCGAGCUCGAGGCCUCCAUGGCCACCAUGGUCGAAGCUUCGUUCGCCACAGAGCUGCAGCAAAACAUGGCAACGCUGAUGGCCAACACCCAGACCAUCCAGCAGAACUUCCAGUCGGCUCUCGCCGCCAAGGACGCCCGCCUUGCAGACGUACAGCGGGCGCUUAAGGCUCUCGACGCCCGGACCACCGCGACUGUCACCCGCGCUGCCGAGCGCAUCUCGGCCCAAAACGCGCUCAUCGCUGACCUCCACGCCAAGCUCCGUGCCCUCAACGAGCUCAACCUCCAGCUCCGUACUCAGAUGACAACAUGAAUUUACGCGCGAACAUUGGUCCGGUCCGCAAACGGCACCGCCCGCUCGACGGACUUGACCGUCGCGGCCGGCGCGCUCCGCGGCUCGCUUCCCAUCAGCGACCGGUCAAGGUGCGCCUUGACUGUCCGGAACUCGACCUCAAACUUCGCCUUCUUCCCGUCGAGCGCCGCCGCCUCCGCCGCCAGCCGCGCCUGCGCUGCCGCGAGCUCGCUUGUCUGCGUGCUCACCAUCGCCUCGCGCGCCGCCACCUGCUGCUCCCGGAACUCAAGCGCGUCCUCGGCCUCAGCCAUCUCGGAGAGGUUGAGGCAGUCGGGCGCGUCAAAGGCCCUGCCGGGACCUGCUGCAGGUGUGAGGAGCACCUUUUCCAGCGCAUGGAUCCGGUCCUGCGCCUCGAGACACCCGGGACACGGGCCGGUCGCCGCCACUGGCGCUGCAACUGGCG